AUGGCUGCCUCCACAACAUCAUGCGCUGCCAGCCUAAGUGCCGCCUCCUGUGUGUCUCCGCCACCGCAGCUUCGCCAUGGCAGCAGCUUCAAGCUGCCGCAGCGCUCUGGACGGCCGACGGCGACCCUAUCCGCAUCAGGCAACCAACGGAACCUAUCGUACCUAGACUAUAGGACAAGGACUAGAAGAGGCGACCGAAUCAGAGCUGUAGAUGCCGUGACCAUGGAUGGCUGGGCAGCACGGCUUGAAGCCCCGGUAGCGGUUGUCACUGGAGCGUCUAGAGGGAUUGGCAGAGCCAUAGCUGUGGCACUUGGCAAAGCAGGGUGCAAGGUGAUUGUGAACUAUGCCAAGUCAGGCAUGGAAGCUGAAGAAGUGUGCAGAGAGAUCAAGGAAUUCGGUGGGACGGCGAUCAGCUUCGCUGCCGACGUCUCUUGCGAGGCCGACGUCGAAUCCAUGAUGAGGGCGGCAAUUGAUGCUUGGGGAACUCUGAAUGUCCUGGUGAACAAUGCAGGUCUGAAUAUUUUUUAUCCCAUUCGCAACGUGCUGCCUGCCUUAGUCUAG